AUGUCCCUGAGCUACUUGAGGUCGCAGCAUCUCUGGGAGGCUUUGGGGUCUCAGGGGGUCUGGGGGGAUCUCUGGGGAUCUCUCUGUGGGGUUCUGGGGUCUCCUGGAGUCUCUAUCCAGCUUGGCCCUGUCCCCUACCGACUCCUCAUCUGGGCUCUGCUCCAGGAUUUCCAGUCCCUGCGCUACAUUGACGGCCUCCCCAGCUCCUUCCAGUUCUUCCUGCCACUGGGGGCUGGGGGGGCCCUGCAUCUGCCCCCCACUGCCUUCCUGCCCCCCAGCAAGGAGAAACGCCUCACCCCUGAGCUGCCCCUGCCCAAGCAGCUCAUCUGCCGCUGGUCCAAGUGUAACCAGUUCUUUGACCUCCUGCAAGACCUUGUGGACCAUGUCAAUGACUUCCAUGUCAAACCCGAGAAGGAUGCAGGGUACUGCUGCCACUGGGAGGGCUGUGCCCGCCAUGGCAGGGGCUUCAAUGCCAGGUACAAGAUGCUGAUCCACAUCCGGACACACACCAAUGAGAAGCCACACCGCUGCCCCACCUGCAACAAGAGCUUCUCCCGCCUGGAGAACCUGAAAAUCCACAACCGCUCGCACACAGGUGAGAAGCCCUACAUCUGCCCCUACGAAGGCUGCAACAAGCGUUACUCCAACUCCAGCGACCGCUUCAAGCACACCCGCACCCACUACGUGGAGAAGCCCUACUCCUGCAAGAUGCCGGGCUGCCACAAGCGCUACACUGACCCCAGCUCCCUCCGCAAGCACAUCAAAGCCCACGGGCAUUUUGUGUCCCCCGAGCACCCAGAGAUGCUCAAGGUCCAUCCGCCUCCCAAAACGCCCCUGGGCUCGCCAGAGGUGCCCUACGUUAACGGGGCGCAGCUCGUCAUCCCCAACCCCGCCGCCCUCUUCGCUCCCCCAGGGCUGCCGGCGCUGCCCAUCCCUUUGGCACCGGCACCUCUCGACCUCAGCGCCCUGGGCUGCGGGGCUGCGGGUACCCUGCCCGCCCUGCCCGGCCCCGUCCUGCCCCUCAAUGGCGGUCCUCUGAACUUGGCCAAGAGCCCGCUGCUGCCCUCGCCCUUCGCGGCGGGGCUGGGGCUGCCUGUCAUGUCGGGAGAGGAAGUUUAUUAA